ACCGCUGCCUUGUCUUACCGCGCAGUACGUAAUCGCUUACCUCCCUCUACAUUCCUGACAACUUCCUCACAAAUGCGUCGCGGUCGCAACUCUGGAGAUGGGCAAGGCAGCUCGGCACACAGCAGCCGUAUCAAUAGAAUUAUUGAGAACCUAGAAUACUUUGCGAGUCUGCGUGAGAGCAGUCAAGCCGUCGGCGCCCAGGUGACGGCUUUCUCGCAAGCGCGAGCAGGCGCCUUAACGCCAGCCGACUGGAAAGCCGCGGACGGCUCGCAUGGCCGCCUGAUUGUGUCUCUAGUCGGCGCGCAUGUCUGGGCUGCUCGGGCGCUGGCUGCUCGGGCGCUGGAGCUGGACAUCGAGCACAUGGACGCCCUGGAUGUGUUCGUUGGCACGCAGAACUUGGCAGACACCCUCGUCAACCUGAUGCCGGCUGAGGAGCGCAAGCUGCUGGCGCUAGCUUUCAUCAGGGCAGACACUCUCAGCCUACAUGCACGGCUACUGGCGCGUGUGGCUCGCGGGAGCGCAGAUGGUGACGGCAGCAACGGCGGUGGCGGCAGCGGCGGCGGCAGCAGCGGCAGCGGCGACAGCGGCGGCUCAGGCACAGGCCGCGGCGCCACAAGCGCAGCUAUGACCGCGGCGCAGCGAGCCGCUGCGAUGAUACGUGUUCAGCUUUUGGUUUUGAAUGCCGCGUCGUCUAUGCUGCGUAUGCUGCUGUUGUGCCGCGACGCCUUCAUCGAGCUGCGCGCUGCCCUUCUCCGCACCCAGCUCUUCGAGCACAUAUCGGCAGCGCUGCUGAGUGCCGCAGCUGUGACCGUGACGGGUGCAUUGACCAACAUGGACGCCAACUGGGGAUCGCUGCUCACGUGCGCUUCCAUCGUGGGGUCGUGCAUUAACUUACUGAUUCAGGGGAUAGGACAAGUGGAGGAUUACAAGAAGCAGGAGACUCCGCAGUGGCAGCCGGAGACCGUGGGCGGCGGGGCGCCUGCCCCGCGACAGCCCCUUACGCAGGUCAUCGAGCUGGAGAUGGUGCGGCAGCUGUUGGGCGGCCGCUGCCUGCAGGCGUGUGCGGUCUGGAUGACGCGGGUGGUGGAGGCAACCUUCCGGGAGGGCAGCGCCGCAAGCAGCGCAGCAGCACCCGGACAAGCCGGCGUGCAGGAUCCGGCAGGGCAGGCUCUGGGCUCGGGGCACGGCGCGGCGGGGUCAGGUGCUGCCGCGGCGGCGGCGGGGGCGGCGGCGGCGACGACGGCUGCGCCUGCUGCUGGCGGCAGCGGGGCGCCGCAGCGGUGGCGGCCAGAGGCAGCGGGGGAUGCCGUCGCGGUCUGUCGGGCACUGGUCAGGCCGGCUUUGCCGCUCGCUCUCGUCACGCAAAACACAAACGCAUACAUCGUGCCUGCUGCCUAUGCUUUGGCGAUCAGCGCGCGGGAGUGCCCCAUCCGUCUCGCGCUCACACCUCCACUACGGUGGGAUGCCAUAGCAGCGGGCGUGGACACGGGCGCAGGUGUAGGCGGUGUAUGUGCCCAGGAGCAGCAGCAGCAAGUGCUCUGCGCACCUGAUGCAGAAGGAGCACCUACACCAGCAGCAGCCGCGGGAGCGGCGGCAGCAUCCCCCGCAGGAGCAGGAGCGGCGGCCGUCGCAGCUUCCGCACGGCUGCAGGCACCAUCGCGAUCCGCGGGGCCCGAGGCUGCAGCGGUGGAACGCACACGUGCCGUGAACACGUAUGACGUGUUGUAUGGCGCUGUGGGCGCCAUGAGCGCUGGUAGAAACACAAACGUGGACCUGCAGGACCGCGGCAUAUUUGGCACUAUGUGGAUGCUGGUAUCGUUGUUGGUGCGGCUGCUGUGCAAGCUGCGGCCGCGGCAGGCGGCAGCGCGGCUGGCGGGCCUGUGGCGGGUGCUGCUUUGCGAGCUGGAGGUUGCAAGGUUCAUGUACGUGGUGGCUGCAGAAGUGGGGCUGCUACUGCGGCUGCAGCUGGAGGAGGGUCCGCGCAGCAGCACCACGGCCGUAGCACCGGCAUCAGCGUCCCCAGCAGCAUACGCAGCACCGGCUGCCGUGGCGGCAACGCCACAUCCGGCGGAGCACGCGUUCACUCCCAGCUUCAGCCUGCGGUGCGCGUUGGCGGCAGGGCUGCUACCAUGCCUAGAGGCGUUGCUGCGGAAGCCGCAGGAGGAGUGGCCGGAGGCUUACGCAACGGGCGGUAGCUCUGAUUGGGUGCUGUGGUCCUUAUUUGUGGAAUCUGGCGUGUGGCCGCUGGUGCUUGCACAUGCUCCGGCGGCGCAGGUGGCAUCGCUGGUCGCCACCCUGACAGCGGCGGUGCGGCGGCUGCGCCACGGCCACCGCUCACAGGCGGCCGCGGCCGGGGGCCGCAGUAGCGGCCGCACCAGUGGUGGCAGUAGCAAUCGCGGCGGUGACACAACCGGCAGCAGCACCAGUGGGGAUGGCGGGGCCAGCAGCUCAGCUGCACCGGCGCCGGGCACACAUGCCGCCGGCGCAGAUAUUAAUGGGCCCGACAUGGAGGCUUGGCGGCUGGGCUUUGGGGGGCUGGCCGGGCGCCUUACUAACUUGCUGGGGCAGUCCGUGCACGCGCGGACGCAAGUCUUCAAGGUAGAUGGAGGGGCGCUGGAGACACCAGGAUCGCAGGCGCAGGCGCUGGCGCAGGGGCAGCUGGAGCAAGCGCAGGAACCGACGACAGCUGCCGUGGGGGCUGCGGGCGGCCCAUGCCUGCGGCCCAGUGCCUACUCGCCGGCAGCGGAGCAGCUGCGGCUGUUGAUGAGCCUGUGCGUGUGGCAGUGGCUGCCGCAGGUCCUGUUCCUGGCGAAGAGCCAUCUGCUUGACAGUGAGGGUUUUUGGCAGUACCUGCAAGACGUGGCGGCGCACCAGCUCUCGGUUGCCGUCCUACACGCACUGCGGGCGCAGCAGCAUGCAGCUGGUGCUGCCGGCGGCGCCAGCGGUGCGGACGGCGCAGAUGGCAAGCAUGAUAGCAGCAGCAGCCUCGGCAAUAGCGGCACCUUUAACAGCACCAGCGGCAGCAGCGGCUGCUGCGUCAUUCCAGCUGCCCAGGCGGCAGAGUCGUGGCGGGCCUUCCUUCACAGCCAGGAGCUUGACGCUGAGGGUUUCCUCGCGGCGCUGCUGCGGCAUGUCGGCAACCCAAGUCGCUACAACGACGAGUACUGGUCGGCGCAUUUGCUAACUGCCAUCGGGGCCUGGGACCCACACAUGCUGGUCCGUGCAGCUAUAGCGGCUGCAGCAGUAGAUGGAGGCAGUAGCAGCAGCGGCAGUAGCAGUAGCAGCAUCAGUGCCGCAGCCAUCGUGUCGGGUGCCCGGGUGUUCGUGGAGCGUUACCAACGGCGAGACCGCGUUUGGUCUGCGUGGCCACUGCCGGAGCUCUUCGACUUCGUGGCCGCGGCCGUUGAGCAGCCGUCGCCUGCGCCAGGUGCCGGCGGAGUGGGAACCGAAAGGCCUGCAGCCGAAAGGCCGCUCCCGAACCGCUGGAGGGAGCUGCAGGCGGUGUUUGUGGCGAGCUGUGCAUCUGUCACCACGGUGGUGAACCUGAUGUCCCCAGCUGAGGUGCAGGCCCGCCUGCGCCGCCUGCCAGUCCCGGUCGCGACGGCAGUAACAGGCAACACCACGUCCGGCAGUAGCACCACUGGAGCUGCAGCUACAGCGGCGGCUACAGCUGAGGCGGGCAGCGAGCGGGGCGUGGUCCUGUGCGGCAAUCCUGCCUGCGCCAACACGGAUGGGCCCAGCGCGCUCUUCCCAGCCAGCGGCGGCAAGACGUGCGCUCGGUGCAAGGCGGUGUGGUACUGCUGCGGCGCGUGCCAGCUGGCGCACUGGCAGCAGCGGGGCGGGCACCGGGAGGCAUGCAGCAAGGCGCAGGGGCAGGCGCAGGGUUGGUAAACCCAAGUUGUAGAGGGAGGGUGUGUGCCACAAACAACAAAACGAAGCCCGUGUAGGGGGUGAGCGUGCAAUUGCUUGGACAGCAUGUUUGUGGGUGUCAGUGUCGUGUGUGUGCAUGCAAUGAGUUCCGAUCGUGUGUCCUGUCAACCAGGGGCCAGAAUCAUAUUGUGGUGUAGUGGCGUGGCUUGGCCAACGGGUAUGUUGGGAAUGGAUUCAAGUCAACAAGGACAGACAGUGUGCAUGACAUAUACCCAGGAGACUUGGCAGAAGCCUAGCAGCACCUGGCCAUGAGCGUACCGGUAGACGUAUGCGGUGUAGCGCAAUGUGCUCGAGGAAAGUGUGGGAGGUUUGAGCAACUCUGGCGGCACACAGGCAGGAAGAGCACUCGGUGUCUCGCAUGCCUGGCAGACCCCAAACCAGACGUGUUUUGCAUCCAUGCGUUUCUCGUUGGUACGGUGAAAGCUUGGGGUACUCGAUAAGAGCGUUCAAAGACGGCAGGCACAAGAAAGCGAGGUGGCAUACUAGCAGGCUGGGCCGAGGCGGCAACAGGCGGCGGCAUGCUGGGAGGGGUGGGAGGUGUGCUGCUGCUGCAUAGGGCAGCAAAUGUAAGCAUUCGCAUUU